GGGUGAGCCAGGCCCGUCAGGAAGUGCACCCUGGGCUCUCCCCCCAGCUCCACCCGCCUCCGUCCUGGCAGCUGGCACCUCCUACCCGGCACUGAAUCGGGUGGACAGGCGUGCAGGUGCCCCCCAGGAGGACCCGAGCCAUGUCCGACUACGAGAACGAGGACGCGUGCUGGAGCGCCCUGGAGGGCUUCCGGGUGAAGCUCAUCUCCAUCAUCGACCCCGCCCGCAUCACGCCCUACCUGCGCCAGUGCAAGGUACUGAACCCCGACGACGAGGAGCAGGUGCUCAGCGACCCCAACCUGGUCACCCGCAAGCGGAAAGUGGGAGUGCUCCUGGACAUCCUGCAGCGGACGGGCCACAAGGGCUAUGUGGCCUUCCUCGAGAGCCUGGAGCUCUACUACCCGCAGCUCUACAGGAAGGUCACGGGCAAGGAGCCCACCCGUGUCUUCUCCAUGAUCAUCGACGCUUCAGGAGAAUCGGGGCUGACGCAGCUGCUGAUGAGUGAGGUGAUGAAGCUGCAGAAGAAGGUGCAGGAGCUGACGGCACUGCUGGGCUCCAGAGACGACCUCGCCGAGGAGCUGCGCGUGAAGGACAGCCUGCUGCGCAAGCUCCAGGAGCGCGUGCAGCGGCUCAAGGAGGCCUGCGAGGCGGGCAGCCGCGAGCUCCAGCGCUGCAAGGACGAGAACUACGACCUGGCCCUGCGCCUGGCCCGCCAGAGCGAGGAGCGCGACGCGGCCCUCACGGGGCACCGCGGGCUGCUGCUGGAGAUCGACCAGCUGAAGCACAGCCUCAUGAAGGCGGAGGACGACUGCAGGGUGGAGCGCAAGCACACGCUGAAGCUCAGGCAUGCCAUGGAGCUGCGGCCCAGCCAGGAGCUGCUCUGGGAGCUGCAGCAGGAGAAGGCGCUGCUGCAGGCGCGCGUGCAGGGCCUGGAGGCCUCGGUGCAGGAGGGGAAGCCGGACCAGGGCCACCCCUACGUCCAGGUGCCGGAGGGGGACUGGCAGAGGGCGCAGCGGGACCUCCAGCAACAGGCCGCCACCAUCUUCUCCCUGCGCAAGGACCUGCGCCAGGCCGAGGCCCUGCGCACCCGGAGCGCAGAGGAGAAGGAGAUGUUCGAGCUGCAGUGCCUGGCCCUGCGGAGGGACUCCAAGAUGUACAAGGACCGCAUCGAGGCCAUCCUGCGGCAGAUGGAGGAGGUCGCCAUUGAAAGGGACCAGGCCACCCUGAUGCGGGAGGAGCUGCAUGCACAGCACGCGCGCAGCCUGCAGGACAAGGACACGCUGCGGAAGCAGGUCCGCGAGCUGACCGAGAAGGUGGACGAGCUCCAGCUGCAGCUGUUCCAGCGCGAGGGCCAGCUGCUGGCCAUGGAGGGCAAGCUCCGGCGGCAGCAGCUGGACGUGCUCAUCCUGGUGGGCCUCCCCCGGGGGCCUCCGCGGGCUCGGCCCUGGGUCAGAGCCAGGGCUCCACCACGGUGGGGCUGGGGUGCGGCCACGUGGGAGCAGCCUGCUGACGGACCCCUAUUCUGUGACUGCAGAGCUCCGACCUGGAAGACAGCUCACCCAGGAAUUCCCAGGAGGCAGCCUGGCCAUCGGGGAGAGCCCGGAGCAGCCGUCUGUGGCCCAGCAGGAGGAGCAGCUAUCACUGACCCCGGAGGACGCAGGACUGAACGGCCGGGAGCCCCCAGAGAAGGAGAAGGGCCGGCGGCGCCUCAAGGAGAGCUUCGAGAACUACCGCAGGAAGCGGGCCCUCCGGAAGAUGCAGCACGGCGCGCGGCAGGGGGAGGCGGAUGGAGAGAACACCACGGGCAGCGACAACACAGACACCGAGGGCGCCUAGCCAGCCCACCCGUCCGGCCCUCCCCGUCGCCGGAGGGGGGCGCGGCCCCCCCGGGCCGCCUCUUCGUCGGCGAGCACGGGCGGGUUCUGUCUGUGUGACGCGCACGCGUGCCGCGACCUUAAAGUGCAACCUUAUCAAUAAACUACCGCGGUC